GUCAGCCCCUAGGACAUAUAUUGACAGGAAGAGAGAAUUUUACAAUGAACUUCUCAUAGCAGAUUACUUCUGUGAUAAUCCUACCUAUCCUGAUUACUACUUCCGUAGAAGGUUCCGCAUGGGAAAACCCCUCUUUCUACGCAUUGUUCAAGCUCUUGGUGAGUGGUCUCCCUACUUCACUCAAAGGGUAGAUGCCCUAGGCCGUCCAGGUCUAUCACCUUUACAGAAGUGCACAACAGCCAUGCAUAUGUUGGCGUAUGGUGUUCCUGCUGACAAAACAGAUGACCAUAUAAGACUUGGUGCAUCUACGACACUCGAGUCUCUUGAGAAAUUUGCUAAGGGGGUCAUUGCCAAGUUUGGUGGGGAAUAUUUGCGAAGGCCAACUGUUGAAGACAUUCAACGUCUACUAGAAAUUGGCGAAGCACGUGGUUUUCCUAGUAUGCUAGGAAGCAUAGACUGCAUGCAUUGGGAGUGGAAAAACUGUCCUGUUGGAUGGAAGGGGCAGUUUACACGUGGUGACUAUGGUGUCCCUACCAUCAUCCUUGAGGCUGUUGCAUCCCAUGAUCUAUGGAUAUGGCAUGCCUUCUUUGGUGUCCCAGGAUCCAACAAUGACAUCAAUGUGCUCAAUCAGUCGCCAUUGUUCACUGAAACAUUGCAAGGGAAUGCUCCUAGGGUAGACUACUAUGUCAAUGAGCAACAAUACAAGAAGGGAUAUUAUCUUGCAGAUGGAAUAUAUCCGGAGUGGGUUGUUUUUGUGAAAACCAUUCGGCUGCCUCAAACUGAAAAGGACAAGUUAUUUGCGAAGAAACAAGAAGGUGCGAGAAAGGAUGUUGAACGUGCAUUUGGAGUUCUACAACAACGCUUCAAAAUUGUCGCAGAACCAUCACGGCUUUGGGAUCAAAUAGAUAUCUGCAACAUAAUGAAAGCAUGUGUGAUCAUGCACAACAUGAUACUUGAAGAUGAGAAGGGCGUGGAGUUACCCUUCGAUUUGAAUGAAGCUUUAGGGACAUCCACUGCUCUGCCGCCGACAGCGAUUAGUGGGGCUACACCUUUGUUCACCGACGUGAUUAGAAGAGAUGUUGAGAUACGUGACCGGUCCAUGCACAAUCGACUCAAGCAUGAUUUGGUUGAGCAUAUUUGGAAGAAAUUCGGUGAAGCUACAAACAACUAG